AUGGCGUGGGAGCGCCUCAAGGCCAAGGCCACCGACGAGGCCUACAUGCAAGAGCUCCGCCGGCAUCACCCGGAGCUCAUGGAGGCGGAACGGAAUGGAAAUCAGAAUGGUCAUCACACCAAGCUCUCCGAUUUUCAGCGAACCAAGCCUCCCAGCUUCAGCCAAGUUAUUGAUCCAUUGGACGCCGAUGAUUGGUUAAGGACUACUGAGAAGAAACUGGAAAUUGCUCGCACUGAAGAGGGAGACAAGGUUCCCUUCACAAUGCAUUAUCUCGAAGGAGCUGCCGCUAUAUGGUGGGAUAAUGCUAAGGCCAUGUGGCCCGCAGACGAGGAAAUUACUUGGACUAAAUUCAAGGAUCAUUUCCGCAAGUAUCAUAUUCCCACCGAGAUUAUGAAAAUCAAGCAGCGCGAAUUCCUCGCCCUCACUCAAGGCAGCAUGACAGUCAGCGAGUACCUGAAUAAAUUCAACCAUUUGUCCCGCUAUUCUCUUACGAUGUGGCCACAGAAGAACGGAAGGUCGACAGAAUUCUUGGAGGACUGA